CAGGUCUCGGGCCCUCAGGCGGAGCGGCGGGCGCCGGACCCCCAGGCGGAGCGACAGGUCUCGUGCCCUCAGGAGGAGCGGCGGGCGCCGGACCCCCAGGCGGAGCGACAGGUCUCGGGCCCUCAGGCGGAGCGGCGGGCGCCGGACCCCCAGGCGCGAGCGACAGGUCUCGGGCCCCCAGGCGGAGCGGCGGGCGCCGGACCCCCAGGCGGAGCGACAGGUCUCGGGCCCUCAGGAGGAGCGGCGGCGAGCGCCGGACCCCCAGGCGGAGCGACAGGUCUCGGGCCCUCAGGCGGAGCGGCGAGCGCCGGACCCCCAGGCGGAGCGACAGGUCUCGGGCCCUCAGGCGGGGAGCGGCGGGCGCCGGACCCCCAGGCGGAGCGACAGGUCUCGGGCCCUCAGGCGGAGCGGCGGGCGCCGGACCCCCAGGCGGAGCGACAGGUCUCGUGCCCUCAGGAGGAGCGGCGGGCGCCGGACCCCCAGGCGGAGCGACAGGUCUCGGGCCCUCAGGCAGAGCGGCGGGCGCCGGACCCCCAGGUGGAGCGACAGGUCUCGGGCCCUCAGGCGGAGGGACAGGUCUCGGGCCCUCAGGCGGAGCGACAGGUCUCGGGCCCCCAGGCGGAGCGGCGGGCACCGAACCCCCAGGUGGAGAGCGACAGGUCUCGGGCCCUCAGGCGGAGCGGCGGGCGCCGGACCCCCAGGUGGAGCGACAGGUCUCGGGCCCUCAGGCGGAGCGGCGGGCACCGAACCCCCAGGCGGAGCGACAGGUCUCGUGCCCUCAGGAGGAGCGGCGGGCGCCGGACCCCCAGGCGGAGCGACAGGUCUCGGGCCCUCAGGCAGAGCGGCGGGCACCGAACCCCCAGG